AUGUUGUCUUCUCAACCCAUCAAGAUUCUCAUAGCCAAUCGAUCCGAGAUAGCAUGCCGCCUCGUCAGGACGUACUCGCUCUACUCCAGCAUCCACAUAGUAGCUCUGUUCACUCCCUCUGAGAAGGAUGCGGCACACGUGCGCCUUGCAACCUCAUCAGUUGCCCUCCCAGGAGAAGGUCCACGUGCAUAUCUGGACGCGGCCAAUAUUGUGGACAUCGCGAAGAAAGAAGGAUGCUGGGGUAUCGCACCGGGCUACGGCUUCUUGUCCGAAGACGCUGGGUUCGUGAGACUAUGCGAGGAUGAAGGCAUCGUCUUCAUCGGACCAUCGAGCGAGCAGUUGGCACGACUUGGAAACAAGAUCAGCGCGAGGUCAUUAGCGGCAGAUGCAGGGAUACCGGUUCUAGAGGGCACGACGACCGUAUGCGGUCGAGGUUCCUCCAUCGCAGAAGUACUGGCGUUCGCAAAGAGCCUAGGCCCAGCCAGCAAAAUCAUUCUGAAGGCCGCAGCUGGCGGCGGAGGGCGCGGCAUCCGCAUCAUUGAUGACAGUACGGACGAGCAAGCCAUCCGCUCGGCUUACGAGGCUUGUCAGCGAGAGGCACAUGCAUCCUUCGGCGAUGGGAGCUUGUUCGCGGAGCGAUAUCUGCACGGUGCCAAACACAUCGAGGUCCAGCUUCUCGGAGACGGCACUGGAGAAGUCUGCCAUUUCUGGGAAAGAGAAUGCUCGCUCCAGCGCAGAAACCAGAAAGUCAUCGAGAUUGCGCCUUCGCCUUCCAUCACGCCACGGCUGAGGCGAGCCAUCAUCGAAACGGCGGUGAAACUAGGGAAAGUAGUGAAGUUGCGGAGUCUCGCCACAAUCGAGUUUCUUGUCGAUGCAGCAGGCGGAGGCUAUUAUUUCAUGGAGGCGAAUCCCAGGAUACAGGUCGAGCAUACCAUUACCGAACAGAUCAAUGGCAUUGAUGUAGUGGAUUUACAGCUUCAGGUUGCCUUGGGACGCACGCUGGCAGAUCUGCAGCUAACGCGGGAGCCUCCACCACCUCGACUGACAUCCAUACAGCUACGCAUCAACGCCGAAAGCUUCACGCAAGAUGGCACCGCGCAGCCUGAAGCGGGAAGUAUUCGACAGGCACAUUUCCCUCCAGGAGCGGGCGUGCGAGUCGAGACAGCUCUUGAAGGAGGCCGGUCGUAUGCCGUGAGCCCUUUGUUCGACAACCUUUUGGCGAAACUCAUCGUCACCUCUUCUUCGUACGAGUCCGCCCUGCGGCUCGCUCGUCGGGCCAUCGACGAGACAAGGAUCGUAGGAUGCCGAACGAAUCAGGCGUUCCUAAUGGCUUUGCUGGAUCUCCCAAUCGUGCAAGAGGGCAAGAGCAACAUUUUGACCAUCCAGGAGAACUUCGUGGCGCUGUACAGCGCCACGCAGCAGAUCGAAGACGCGUUGCGGGCUAAAGAAGGUGACGGCACCUCCGAAGAAACUAAUACCUCACCAAAGGAGGACGCGGCCAAAAUUGAGCGACCUGAAGGCUCUGAAGAGUUGCUCGCGCAUAUCACCGGCGUUGUCCUUUCCAUCAAGGUGAGUGCAGGCGACAAGAUCACUGCUGGCCAAGAAUUGGUCAUUCUAGCGGCCAUGAAGAUGGAACAUUCCGUCCGGAGUGCCUACAAUGGCGUUGUGGCCAAGGUGGCCGUCACGCAAGGGCAGCAAGUCAACGCCGGGGAUGCCCUUCUCUUCACCCGCUCUGAUGGCGAUAAUUCGUCUAGCAAUACGGACGAUCUAGCCGAAACCGCGAACCCAGAGAAGCUGCGGCCGGAGCUGACGGAGCUGAACGAACGCAAGGCCUUUCUACGGUACUCUGUCCGCGAAGAGGACGUCGCCAAGCGCCAUGCAAACGGAUACCUCACAGGCCGGGAGAAUCUCGACUUACUCGUAGACAAAGAUUCAUUCAACGAGAUUGGAGACCUUGUGGUCGCGGCACAGAGGAAAAGGUACCCCCUGUCCUAUCUCAUCGCUCGAACCAGCGGGGAUGCCAUCAUCGUAGGCUGGGCGACGAUAGACUCUCACCCAGUCGCAGUCGUCAUUGGCGACUACCUCGUCCUUGCCGGCACACAAGGACACUUCCAUCAUCAGAAGUUGGACCGUAUCUUCCAAUCAGUCAUUGAUCACCCUGCGCCCCUGGUGUUGUACGCGGAAGGGGGCGGCGGAAGACCAGGCGACACCGAUCACUUGGGCAUGGCGGGCCUAAAGACGCCAUCAUUUGCUUUGCUGGGCGAGAUCAAGGCACGAGGGAUUCCAUCUGUCGCAGUAGUGAACGGAUACUGCUUUGCCGGUAACGCCGCACUCUUGGGGACAUGCGACAUUGUCAUAGCCACAAGAGGCGGUUCCAAAGAUGCGCCGUCGAGAAAGUCCACCACGAUCGGCAUGGGCGGUCAAGCCAUGAUCGAGGGUGGUGGCCUGGGCCGGUUCGAGCACGAACAUAUCGGUCCGGUCGACGUCCAUAUGCGCUCCGGUGGCAUUGAUGUGCUAGUGGACACCGAGGUCGAAGCCGCGCCGCUCGUCCGCAAGAUUGUUGCGCUGUUCACGCAUCCGCGGCUGCCACCGUCGGAGACGCGUUACACAUCGGAUCCUCUUCGCCUCCGCACCGCAGUGCCGCCCCUGUCAUCUCGUCGCCGAGCCUAUGAUGUUCGUCGCGUGAUCAACCUAGUUCUCGACGACGAUAGCUUCAUCGAGUUCUGUCCCGAGUGGGGCCUCUCGGUGCUCACCGGCUUUGGCCGCAUCAAUGGCCAGGCCAUCGCAAUCAUCGCCUCCAACUCCUCAUCCCCAUUAGGCGGCGCCAUCGACGUCACGUCCGGAGCAAAAGUCAACCGCCUUCUACGUCUGCUCAUCCGCCUAGGCGGCAUGCAUCUCCUCAGUCUCUGCGAUACCCCCGGAUUCAUGGUCGGGCCGGACUUUGAGCGCUCGACCGAAGCUCAAGGCGCCGGGAGCACGUACCGCUGCUUCGGCGACUGGUUCGGCAACUCGCAGGAGUUUGCCCUUCUCGGCGGCCGCGUGCUGGGAAUCGUCCUGCGAAACGGUUUCGGACUGGGCGCGCAAGCGAUGCUCGGUGGAGGGAGUUUGAACAACAGCAUGUGCGUGGCGUGGCCGAGUGCCGUCUUCGGAGGCAUGGGGAUCGAAGGCGCCGUAAGGCUUGCGUACAGGAAGGAGUUGGAAGCUAUCACAGAUCUGGAAAAGAGGAAGGAAAAGGAGCAGGAGAUGAUCGAUCACAUGUACGACGAAGGCAAGGCCAUCAACAUGGCCAUGGCGGCUGAGAUCGACAGCGUGAUUGAUCCGGCUACGACGAGGAAAUGGCUGGAGGCGAUGAUCAAGGUGUUGCCGGAGAGAGUGCCGAGCUAUGUCAAGGCAAGAAGACGUGCGAAGAUGUAA